AGCUUCCUUCUUUCCCAGGCAGCUGCCGAAGAUGGCGGAGGGGCAGGUCCUGGUGCUGGACGGCCGAGGCCACCUCUUGGGCCGCCUGGCGGCCAUCGUGGCCAAGCAGGUGCUGCUGGGCCGCAAGGUGGUGGUCGUGCGCUGCGAGGGCAUCAACAUUUCCGGCAACUUCUACAGGAACAAGCUGAAGUACCUGGCCUUCCUGCGCAAGCGGAUGAACACCAACCCCUCCCGGGGCCCCUACCACUUCCGGGCGCCCAGCCGCAUCUUCUGGCGAACCGUGCGAGGCAUGCUGCCCCAUAAGACCAAGCGGGGCCAGGCCGCGCUGGACCGGCUCAAGGUGUUCGACGGGAUCCCGCCGCCCUACGACAAGAAAAAGCGGAUGGUGGUGCCCGCGGCGCUGAAGGUCGUGCGGCUGAAGCCCACGCGGAAGUUUGCCUACCUGGGGCGCCUGGCCCAUGAGGUGGGCUGGAAGUACCAGGCCGUGACGGCCACGCUGGAGGAGAAGAGGAAGGAGAAGGCCAAGAUCCACUACCGGAAGAAGAAGCAGCUCAUGAGGCUCCGGAAGCAGGCCGAGAAGAACGUGGAGCAGAAGAUCAGCAAGUUCACAGAGGUCCUCAAGACCCACGGGCUCCUGGUCUGAGCACAAUAAAGACUUGGUUCCUCACUA